GUCAAAAUGACAUUAUGUUGGCAAUACAAUGUAAAAUUGUCAAUGCUUUCAAAUUUUUUAUGUAGAAAAGGCUUGUGUUGCCAACAUAGUUACUAAAUUUUUGACUUGGGGAAUUAUCUUUAAAUAAAAAACAGACUUUAUAUAGAUAUUAAAAUCAAUCGCACACCCGGAAGUAAAACUCAUAUACAACCCCCCCGACAAAAACCUCCCCUUUUGCAAAUCGAUCCCUCAACUUCCUAGACAGACAGAGAAGGGUUUCAGGGCGCAGCCGUACCAGGUUCGCAUCCUGAAUCCUGAAAAAUCGGUCUUUGUAUCCAUUUCAUCCAGGAACAAUGAAUUAAGUAAAUAAUUCUUUUGGUUUUAUAUCGUGCGUAAACAAAAACAAUAAUAAGUGUGUAAAAAUGAUGUUAUAAUGGAAUUGUGCAUUGGUGUUUUGUCCGGCUGUUUUCGUUGGCAGGAAGAUUCUAAAUCAGCUGAUUUUUUAAGGACACUUGCUCAAGCUGCCACUUAUUGCAUGGAGUGAAUAGGUUUUUGGAGUGGUUGGGGAUAAAAACCAGUGAUGGGUUCGACAAGCGGAGGCAAAAAGAAAUACUUGAGCUUCAGAAACCGACAGAGGGCCCACAUGAGUUUUUUCAUUGUCGUCAUGUUUUUCGCCGUUUUCGGCAUCAUCGUCUUCACGGAAAUAUUUUUCAUCGACGAGAAAGACAAAGCAACAGGCGUCCUAGUAAGACACGGAUCGAUGGGAUAUUCUCAUAAAAAUAGGGCGGAUUAUGAUAAUGAAUUUCAAGCUGAUGAUUACAUAUCCAUUCGUGUUGGACAAGCCAUGAUGGAUAAUGCAGAAAUCGGUGCUUAUUUAUUAGGCAAACCUCAAGCUCACCAUUUGGCAAAUAUGGACAAUAAUUCUCCUCCGUAUAUGUCAAAGUUCUUCAACGAAGGUCAGCUACCAUCAUAUCCAGAAAACGUUACCAUAUCAGAUGGAUCUUGGCAAAAUGUUAAUGGCAGCAGAUAUAGGUUUUAUGUAUUUGCCGCUUACUACGACCAAAGAAGGAACCAAAGAAACAUCAGAAUAAUAGCAGCCACAAAAACACGCGGUCCUGAACGUGUAUUUUGCAGAUUAUGGUACAAAGAUAAUUCUACCGUUAACGUAUCCAGAUCUGUGCCAGCUAAGCUCAAAGUGAUCCGUGAAAAUUGGAACUUAAGGUACAGUGCAUGUUUCGUAAUGUGCCCUUUACGCACCAACAUGUCUAUACCAACUCACGUGAGUGUAGUGGCAAAGCUCAAAGAGCCUCCCAGCAAUAUGUUAAUUGUAAUCAAUAAUUUCAAUGAAACAGUCAAGCCGAUUGAAAAGUUUGCAGUUUGCGUAAAACCCCUACACUUUGACUACAACAAAGCACUUCAAAUAAUGGAAUUUAUAGAGCUCAACAAACUAAUGGGGGUGGAUCAUUUUACUUUUUACAAUCACACCAUUGGACCUCAGGUGGGUUGUAUCUUGGACGACUAUCGUCAAAGAGGUUUGGUUACUUUGUUACCUUGGAAGUUGAAGAUGAUUUCGCAAAAGGAAAUUAGAACCGAAGGCUUGUUUGCUGCCUUGAAUGAUUGCCUUUACAGAUCGAUGUAUAAGUUUUCACAUACAUUACUUAUUGAUUUGGACGAGUACAUUAUUCCAAAUUAUAACGAAACUUUGCCCCAACUUAUUGAUUACUUGAAUCAUCGUCUUAACACAAGAAGUACCGGUUCUUUUUCGUUCCAAAACGCAUUUUUCUACCUCCAAUGGGAUGAUGAUGCUCAAGUGAACAGUUUUAAAGACUCAUUGGCAACAAACUUGGUAACUUUGAAGAAGACACGUAGGAAGACGAAGCUGCAUCCGCACAAACAGCGCUCAAAGUACAUUUGCCGACCGGAAUUGGUUGUGGAAGCUGGCAAUCAUUUUGUUUGGGAGUUUAUACCUGGACAUGGUACCUUAAAUGUGCCAGCUGAUGCCGCUAUUUUGCAUCAUUACAGAAUAUGCGAGUUUGGUGGAAAUGAUUGUAUCAAAACUGCUUCUGUGGUUGAUCGGACUGCUUAUAGAUACUCAGAAAGUCUGAGCCAGUCGGUUAGAGAACAAUACGAUCGUUUGAAAACGAAAUGUGGCCUAUCGGAUCCGAGCGAAGCCCCCACGCAGGUUUUUCAUAAGAUUUUGCAAAUGUUAAAAACUGGUGCUCAAAGGAAAAGAUGAAAAUGUGAUUUUAGCGUUUAGAAUUUUCAGUUAUCUAAAUAUAGGAACAAUAAAAAUAUCAAUAAACAAUGUAAUCUUAAG